AUGGGUGUUUCCGAGCUUGACAAGGUCCCCGAGGCUUCCUCGUCGUCCUCCUUAACAACAGGAACACCAAUUGGUACUGUCUCUGACGCUGAACCCAUCAAACAAACAUUCAUCACCUCCAACGGCAACGAUGAACCACCCAUAACCUAUACCGAAGGUGGCACCACCGCCUGGCUCGUCGUCCUCGGCAGCUGGCUCGCUCUCUUCUCCUCCAUGGGUCUCAUGAACAGCAUCGGCGCCUUCCACGCGCACAUUCAGCGCAACCAGCUCGCGGGCCAUACCCCGUCCUCUGUAGCUUGGAUUUUCGGCGUCUACUGCGGCCUCGGCUUCUUCUGUGGGAUCCAGGCUGGGCCCGUGUUCGACGCCCGGGGCCCGCGCGCCCUCAUCACCGCGGGCGGCUUAGGCACCGUUGCAUUCCUGUUGCUGAUGGGUGUCUGUACGCGUUACUGGCACUUUAUGCUCGUGUUCGGCGUGCUGGGCGGAACAAGCUUGUCCCUUGUGUUUGGGCCGGCUGUGGGUGUCGUUGCGCAUUACUUUUCCAGCAGGAGAGGGCUGGCAACGGGUAUUGCGUCGUCAGGGGGGUCGGCUGGGGGCGUGGUAUUCCCGCUGGUGUUGCAGAGGCUGUAUCCUCUGGUCGGCUUCGCGUGGGCGACGAGGGUAGUUGCACUAGUCUGCGCAUGCGCGUUUGUCGCGGCCGUUCUGCUCAUCCGCAAGCGUUUCCCGCCGAAGCCGCUGUCCAUGGCGCGGGCGCUCCCGGACCUGACGAUCCUGCGGAACCCGGCGCUAUGCUGUACGGCCAUGGGGGCUUUCUUCAUGGAAUGGGGCCUCUUCGUGCCUCUGUCAUACUUGACCUUGUACGCGCUCGCUCAUGGGCAAUCGUCGUCCUUUUCGUACAUGCUCCUUGCGCUCAUCAAUGCGGGCGCCGUGCCAGGCCGCUGGGUGCCGGGGUACCUUUCCGACCGCUUAGGACGGUUCAACAUGCUAAUCGCCACAAUCCUUGGGUGCGGCAUGUCUCUUGCUUGUCUCUGGCUCACGUCAGGAUCCAGCCCUGCUCGACUUGUCGCCUUCGCAGUGGUGUUUGGCUUCUUUAGCGGCGGUAACGUGAGCCUGGCUCCGGUGUGUAUCGGACAACUGUGCACGAUCGAGUCUUAUGGGCGGUACUAUGCGACGGCGAAUGUGCUGGUAAGCAUAAGGUGA